AUGAAUAACACACUCAGUGUUAACGAAGUACAAUUUGAAUGCUUCCAGUACACGCCGCAUUUAAUGCAAAGGACAGUGCAUUUAAUGCAAGGAUAUGGUGAAUCGUCCUUCACCCUGCAGAGUUUUCAUUUUCGUGUACCUUACACUGACAACAAGAAAGCUGGAACCUCGGAUGAUGAUGCCCCCUCAGCCUCCAAAGGAGCAGCACUGAAGGCUACAUCCAAAGAUUCCAAGAAGCAGUCGGAAGAGUCGACUGAUACCAAAAAUGAAGACUUUUUCAAUCAAUAUUCUCUAAUGACGGAAAGGUUCAACAAAAUGGAAUCAAGGUUCAGAAAGUACAAAAAGUUCCACAAGAAUAACUUCAAGGGCAUGGAGAAUGAGUACAAGCCGAGAUACUCCAACAACAAAUUCGAAGAGAAGAAGCCGUCUACUCCAGACUUGAAAGACGCGGAGUGCUUUAGCUGCGGCAAGAAGGGACAUUACAAAACUGAUUGUCCUGAGAUCUCAUACUCAGAACACAAAGCCCUUCGAGCCAAAAGAGACAGAAGAAAUGAGAAGAAUAAGACAAUGGUAGCCGAAGAUGCAGAGGACUCCAACUACUCAACUGAAUCAUCUUCAAGCAACUCAACAAGUUCAGAUGAUGAGAGUCAGACCCUAAUGGCUAAAGAUACUGAAAGUGUAGUUGAUAACAACUUCAACAGCUAUGACAGUGGACUCGAUAGGCCUGAGGUAAACUCUCACUCUAAGACUUUUAAUAUUGAUAUCUCCUUAAUGAUGACAGGAAAAAAUUCAGUCUCGGGAGCCACAUCACUGAAUGCUGAAGAAUAUGAACAAGUGAUGUGUGAUUACCAAAGUUUAAGGACACUCUUUGAGAAUCUUUUGGAAGAAAAUCAAAGACUGAAGAAAGAGAUCAGUCAAGCUCAGACUGAAAAUGAGAAGAUCAAUGUUUAUCUUCUUGAUGAACUGAUUGCAGAGAACAAUAGACUAAAGAAAGAGAUCGAAACUCUACAGUCAGAAAAGAGCAAACUUCAGUCUCAAUUGGAAGAGACUGAAACUGAUCUAGAGCGAACUGCAAAAGAACUUGAUGAAGCCUCAUUUGAAGCAGCUCGACUGAAUGACAAGAUGGAACAGUGGGUCAAGAAUUUUGAAAGUGUUGGAGGAAAAUUGACUGCAUCUGAAAAAGGCAAUGGAAUUGUAACUGUGGAGAUAACUGAAAAGUCAAAUGACGAAGCAUCAUCCAAAAGUUAUGCAGAAGAAGAAGAGAAGAAAAGGAAGAUGAUGUCAUAUAGGAACAUUCCUCCUCCUGAAGACUACAGACAACCCAAUGGAAGAUACUGGAAAGAACAGAAGGUGGUGACCAACAAUCAAAAUCAUCAGCAAAAACUGAAGAAUCCACUUCAACACAGAAAAGAUGAAGGCCCCUCUAGACUGCACUAUGAUCAGUCUAGACAACUGAAGAACUAG